GCUGAGGCGGGCGGCUGACGCGGUGGCGCUCGGAGGGGUAACAAAGAGCGGCGGCUGAGGCGGCGGAGGAGCGGCGGCGGCGGCGCUGCAGCAGCGGGCGGGACUGGUAUGGUGGUUCCACAGGUCAGACCCCGCUGCACUCACAGGGAGGAGGCGGCGGCAGCGGCGGAGGAAGGCGGCGCACCCCGAGAGGCAUGCCCAAAGAAAAAUACGAGCCCCCUGAUCCUAGGAGGAUGUACACAAUUAUGUCCUCUGAGGAAGCAGCAAAUGGAAAGAAAUCACACUGGGCAGAGCUUGAAAUAAGUGGAAAAGUAAGAAGCUUAAGCUCAUCUUUGUGGUCCCUCACUCACUUGACAGCUUUGCAUCUGAGUGACAAUUCUCUGUCCCGCAUUCCUUCAGACAUUGCCAAGCUCCACAAUCUGGUAUAUCUGGACCUGUCCUCUAAUAAAAUCCGGAGUUUACCGGCAGAACUUGGAAACAUGGUAUCACUCAGGGAACUCCAUUUAAAUAACAACCUGUUACGAGUUCUGCCUUUUGAGCUGGGAAAACUGUUUCAGUUGCAGACUUUAGGCCUGAAAGGAAAUCCACUUACCCAGGAUAUAUUGAACCUCUAUCUGGAACCAGAUGGAACAAGAAGGCUACUGAACUAUUUGCUUGAUAAUUUGGCAGGUACUGCAAAAAGAAUUUCAACAGAACAGCCACCUCCAAGAUCUUGGAUUAUGUUGCAAGAACCAGACAGAACAAGGCCAACUGCCUUGUUUUCUGUCAUGUGCUAUAAUGUUCUUUGUGAUAAAUAUGCGACCCGGCAGUUAUACGGCUACUGUCCAUCUUGGGCACUAAAUUGGGACUACAGGAAAAAGGCCAUUAUUCAAGAAAUUUUGAGCUGCAAUGCUGAUAUCAUAAGUCUUCAGGAGGUUGAAACAGAACAGUAUUACAGUUUUUUUCUGGUAGAACUGAAAGAACGUGGCUAUAAUGGAUUCUUUAGUCCUAAAUCUAGAGCUCGGACAAUGUCAGAACAAGAGAGAAAACAUGUCGAUGGCUGUGCAGUAUUCUUCAAGACAGAAAAAUUUACUUUGGUUCAGAAACACACUGUUGAAUUUAAUCAGCUAGCAAUGGCAAAUUCAGAAGGGUCUGAAGCUAUGCUGAACAGAGUCAUGACAAAAGAUAACAUUGGAGUUGCAGUACUGCUAGAACUUCGAAAGGAAUUGAUUGAAAUGUCAUCUGGAAAGCCACAUCUUGGAACAGAAAAACAACUUAUUCUUGUGGCUAAUGCUCAUAUGCAUUGGGACCCUGAAUACUCUGAUGUGAAAUUGGUUCAAACUAUGAUGUUCCUCUCAGAAGUGAAGAACAUUAUUGAUAAAGCCUCACGAAACCUCCAGUCCAGUGUAGUGGGAGAAUUUGGAACUAUUCCACUAGUGUUAUGUGCAGAUCUUAAUUCUUUGCCGGAUUCUGGUGUUGUAGAGUAUUUAAGCACUGGUGGAGUAGAAACAAAUCAUAAAGACUUUAAGGAACUGAGAUAUAAUGAAAGUCUUACAAACUUCAGCUGUAAUGGAAAGAACGGGACAACCAAUGGAAGAAUCACGCAUGGUUUCAAGUUAAAGAGUGCCUAUGAGAGUGGCCUGAUGCCUUAUACAAAUUACACGUUCGAUUUCAAGGGUAUCAUUGACUACAUCUUCUAUUCGAAACCUCAGCUGAACACUUUAGGCAUCCUGGGACCUCUGGACCACCAUUGGCUAGUUGAGAAUAAUAUCAGUGGCUGCCCACACCCGCUCAUCCCCUCCGACCACUUCUCACUUUUUGCACAACUGGAGCUCUUACUGCCUUUCCUGCCCCAAGUUAACGGCAUUCACCUUCCUGGCAGGAGGUAGUCAAGUACCUUCAGAGGACGACCUCAGUUUCACUUGUAAACUCAUAAAAUCUGAUUAUAGGGGAGUGAGGUAUGGCCACCAGGGUUUGUUUUUUUGUUUUGUUUUGUUUUUUCUUUUUUUUCCUUUUUCUUGAUGAUUUGAAUUUUCAAUCUUGAUUAUUUGAUAAGGAUAUAGUAUGAAAGCCAGGUGCUAGCAACAAAUUCUGAGCCCAAUAUGCUUUAUAUACUGUUAGACAGGGAUUGGUGUGUUUACACCUCUCUUUAAUUUGUUACAAGUAAUUUUCCUGUUUCUUCUAUCCAAUAUAAUAUUUUCAUGCCUUGAAAUAGGAAAAUGUUUGAACAGCAUAUUCUCUUUGCACAGAAAUCUGUAGCACUACUUUUUUGAGGCCAGUAAUAACAUCCAGAGACCAUUCUUCCAUACUUUACUCCCUCCCUUUUCAGACUUGUUUGUAAAAUAGAGACUUUGAAUUUAGCCUUUAUGAUUGUAUAUGAUCCACAGAAGACCUGAUUUAUGAAAUUUUGUACUAAAAAAAAUCAGAUUUGGAAAUGAUUGUAUUGUAAACUAAGGCUAAGUUUUUUUUUACUGUUUCAUGUGUUAUAAAGGCCAGCUUGUAAAAGAAGUUGCAACAGACUUUCUCUGCUGAUGAUUUGCACUGUUAGGGUUUUGUUGGCCCUUUUGUACUACUUUAUUUUUAAACUGAGAACAUUGCUCUUUAAAUCUAAAUCUGCUUAAAGCUUUGGACAUUUUCUCAGACCAGAGGCAACUUAUCCAUGAAUUCCUGGGUUUUUACAAAAGCUAUCUACCAGGACAGAUAAGCUGAGCAGUGAAUGAUCUGUAGGCAUUUAUGGACUGAAUGUAAUGGUUGAUAUAUGUACAUUCUGAUAUUUUUAAAUCUUUAACUUUUUUAAGUUAAAAAAUUACAGCUGCUUGGAUGCAGCUUCUUAACUCCUUUUUGAGACACUUCCUGUCCUAUCUCCACUGUGCCUGCCUAAAUUUGUUCUCACCAAGCACUGCCUGUGCAUGCAGAGAGAAUCUGUGCAGCCUCUUUUAUAUUUUUUAAAUACUGUUUAACAUUUGUGAGAAUUUUAUGAAAACGCUUUUGUAUAAGCUGUGGCUUUUUUUUCCAUUGUGAAGCAUUGAAUAUCACAUUUUGGAACAUGUUCAUAGGUGGGUCCCUGGGUCUUUGCUCACCAGACCCAAGCAUUGCUUCUUGGUGUCCUUGCACAAUGCUGUCCGUCACCCGGAAUACUACUAUCAUGUGAAUUCUUUGUUUUCCACGUAUUCCUUUGUCUCCGUGUUUUUUAAAAAAUCAUUCCCUUUUUUU